AUGCCUAAGCGAGCCAAGGGUAUGAGUCUGGACGAGAAGAAGGCGAAGCUUCACGAGGCUCUGAUGUCCGACCAGAGUUUCUACAACUUCAAGGAGAUUGAAAAGAUAGCCAAAAAAUGCGGUAUUGUACCGCAAUCAGUGAAGGAAGUCGUCCAGCAUUUGGUCGAUGGAGACCGUUUGGUGAACAUGGAAAAGGUGGGCUCACAGAACAUUUACUGGGCUCUGCCGUCGAGUCAGAAGGCGGGGCUCCUCACCAAACUGGAGAAGGGUCGAGCAUCUCUACAGGCAUCGGAGGAGGCUCUGGCAGAGGCGGAAAGCCGCAAAGAGGAUAUCGUUGCGGCACUUGAGGCCAGCGGUGUUACGCAGGAGAAGUCCUUGGCAAUGCGAGCGGAAUUCGAAGAGCUCGAGGGGAAGCGACGCAAACUGGCCGCGAAUUUGGAAGAGCUCGAGGCGGCCGACCCGAACAAGAUCAAGCAGCAGAUUGAGGAGAUGCGGCGAUCCCGGGAUCUCGUAGAUAUAUGGACUGACAAUAUCAGUACUGUGAGGCAGUUCAUCGCGUCGCGGGGGAAUAUGAGUGAAGAAGAAGUUGACAAGGAAUUCGGGAUUGACCCUAGUAUAUUCGAUUGA